UAUUAAUACGAAUACACGUGCAGCUAAAAUUCUUUGUUUAUUUUAAUUUAAAAACCUAAUUUAAACUUUAUAAAAUGGGCAAAAAGGACAAGAACAAGAAGAAGGGCAAAGGAGCCGAGAAGACGGCCAUGAAAACUGACAAGAAGCUGGCGGCAAAGCAAAAGAAAAUGCUGGAGAAACUUGGAGAAGCCAACAUAGCUGACAUCAUCCAACUAUUGGAGACCAAGGAGGGAAAGAUUCAGACCAUCACUGAAAAUGUUUGCACUCCGCCAAGUCCCCGAUCCAAUUUCACGCUGAUUGCCCACCCGGAAAAGGAGGAACUCGUCAUGUUUGGCGGAGAACUUUAUACGGGAUCAAAAACCACGGUUUACAAUGAUCUAUUCUUUUAUAACAUAAAAUCUGGAGAGUGGCGGGAGCUGAGAUCGCCGGCAGGACCCACGCCAAGGAGCUGCCAUCAAAUGGUGGCAGUGGCCAGCAAUGGUGGAGAACUGUGGAUGUUUGGCGGAGAGCAUGCCAGUCCCUCGCAGCUGCAGUUCCACCACUACAAGGAUCUAUGGAAAUUCUCACUCAAGUCGAGGAAAUGGGAGAAGGUGACGGCUCCCAAUGGACCCAGUGCCAGGAGUGGUCACCGCAUGACAGUAUCCAAGAAGCGGCUGUUCAUAUUCGGCGGAUUUCAUGAUAACAAUCAGUCCUAUCAUUACUUCAACGAUCUGCACAUCUUCUCUUUGGAGUCUUAUCAGUGGCUUAAGGUGGAGAUAGCCGGAACUGUUCUGCCGUCGCCUCGCUCUGGCUGCUGUCUGGCCGCUGCUCCGGAUGGCAAGAUCUUUGUUUGGGGUGGUUACUCCAGGGCCAGCAUGAAGAAGGAAGUGGAUCGUGGUGUCACGCACACGGACAUGUUCGUUUUGAGUCAAGAUAAAAACGCUGGCGAUGCGGACAACAAAUAUAAGUGGACAGCCGUAAAACCCGGUGGAUAUAAGCCCAAGCCGCGCAGCAGUGUUGGUUAUACCGUGGCAGCCAAUGGCAAAGCUUACUGCUUUGGCGGCGUCAUGGACGUUAAUGAGGAUGAUGAAGAUGUGCAGGGACAGUUCGGCGAUGAGCUUCUAGCCUUUGAUUUGACCGCUCAAACGUGGCGAUUACAGGAGAUCCAAACGAAAGCCAGUCCAGCUGAAAAGAAGGAGGAGACCAACGACGUGGAGAUGUCAGCAGGUCCUGCUCAGCCCGUUACCACCACAACAGAUGGUGUUUUCACGGUUACCGUUGGCGGACCCAGCACCAGCAGUACUCCCUAUGUCUCCAACAUACCUAGUCUAUUCGGCAAACCGAAGCCGACGAAUGUACCAUCGCCGAGAAUGAAUCCAGGACUCUGCGUUUGCAAGGGCACACUGUACAUUUUCGGUGGAAUCCUGGAAGAGGAUGCAAAGCAGUUGACCUACAAUGAUUUUUACUCCCUGGAUCUGCACAAGUUGGAGUGGAAGGUCAUAAUCCCCAAUAACUUAAAGGCACACGAAUGGGAGGAUAGCGACAUCAGCAGUUCCGACGAGGAAUGCAGCAGCCUGGAGGAAGAUGAUAGUUCAAACAGUUCCGAUAUGGAUACGGACUAAUAUGGUUUGAAGUUUUUGCAAAUGACUAUUUUAUAAAUUUGGUUAACAAUUCUCUUAAAUGUAUAAACAAAAUGGAAUCUUUUCGAA